UCACACCCAGGGGAUAUAUAAUACACUAAAAACCAUAAACGUCGCUUUAUAACUUGCUGUACCUGGGAUUGAGGAAACACUUUUUUUUAACGGAUUAUUGUGGGCUUUUAUUUAUUUUUACAUUGGUUUUCCCCAAUCGAGUUGCUGUGUACAAGUUUCCCGCUGGUUCAUUGUGUCCAGGUGAAACUAGAGAAGGUUACUCGCAAGUUUCGUCCUUGUUUGUGAUUCAGGGAGGUACCUGUCGGACCGGUCUGUAGUGGGAGUCUCAGGAGGACGAGCCUUUGUUAAACACUGCUGACAAGUACAGGAGGACAUCAGGUCAGGGAGCCACCAGCGGCUGGAAGCCCAUCAUGAAGUUAUCUACAGUGCUGAGGCUGGGGGCAGUGGUUGUAUGCUGUGUCCUAAUAUCCUACACCCAAAGUCAAAGUCCAGGAUGCAAAUGUACAACACACUGGCAGGGAAAAUGUGAUUCCAGUUCUGGUUCAUGCGCAUGUACACUUGCUGUUGGCCCGGAUAAUAUUAAUGUAAACUGUGAUAAAUUGAUAUCAAAAUGUCUCCUAAUGAAAAAAGAGAGCCUUGGAACAAAGGCAGGUCGACGACGAGAGAGACCUCCAGGUGCGCUUAUUGAUAAUGAUGGCCUGUACAACCCUGAUUGCGAAACUGAUGGGACCUUUAAAGCCCGGCAGUGCAAUGGUACAGAUACUUGCUGGUGUGUCAACUCAGCUGGAGUAAGAAGAACCGAUAAAGGCGAUAAAAACUGGAAGUGCCCAGAACUAGUCAGAACCAAUAUGGUAACGAUUGAAAUGAAGCGCAAUGACACUGAUGCAGUGGAUGAGGUGGCCUUGAAGAAUGCUCUAACAACUACAAUUAAAAACCGCUAUGGAUUAAAUGAAAAAUAUAUUUCAAAAAUUGAGUUAGAUGGUCCUUACAUCUAUGUAGACUUAAAACAGAAUUCUACAGAAAAAACUGCAAGUGAUGUUGACAUAACAGAUGUAGGAUACUACAUGGAAAAGGAUAUAAAGGGUGACCCUAUACAUCAUGCCGAUCAAAAAUUUGAAAUUCUUCUAAAUAAUAAGAACUUUGGUGUUAAAGAACCUCUAAUCUACUAUGUUGAUGAGAAACCACAUGAAAUUACAAUGAAACACUUAACUGCCGGUGUUAUUGCAGUUAUUGUAGUCUUGGUUGUUGCUAUUGUUGCAGGAAUAAUUGUGUUGAUUAUUACCAGAAGAAAGAAGGGAAAGUAUCAGAAGGCAGAGAUGAAGGAGAUGAAUGAAAUGCAGAAAGAACUAACAUCAUAGAAUUUUACUUAAGGACUUGAUUAAGAAUGUGAUAAUGCUAGCAACAAAGCUACCUUGCAUACACAAUGGAUCAGAUUCCAAGGCCUGGGAAGGCUGCCCUCCUUUUUUUUUUUUUUUUUUUUUUUUUUUUAAAUUACAUUUUUGUGUAUAUAUUUAU